AUGUAUGGCUAUGUCCUGCCAUGCGAGCUAACUAGAAAAGAAAAGCGGACACGAUAUGAUUAUUGCACGCACAUUAUUAACAAGUGCGAGAUAGAUCCGAGUUUCCUGGAUAGACUUAUUAUUGGAUGCGAAUUAUCGAUAUCCACACCCGAGAUGACUUCAUCGACACCAGGGACAUCGAGACAGGACGAGCAAGUUGCUGUGCUUCAAACUGCGUGUUGCUUCUAUGAUUCGACAGGCCUCAUGUACCGUGAAUGCCAUACUACAACGGCAAAAGAAGAAGAUGCAGGGACAUCGCCUGAACGCCUGUCGAUUGUGUGGAAUUCUAUCAUUGAAUCUAGGCCAGAUUAUGAAGGUGAAAAGCCCAAACAAACACCACGUUUUUAUUUAUUACUAGAUCGAUCAUAUGACAUCAUCGAUGUGAGACGACUUCAUCCAACGACAAGUCUAUCCAGGAAUCCGGGAUUUAUCCCGCACUUGUUAAUAAUGUGCGGCAAUAAUCGUAGCGUGCCUGGUUUUCUUCUCUGGUUAGCUAGCGUGGCACGACAUGGCCAUACAUUUCAAUUUUAUUAAUUUCGGAUAAAAUGUAUUCAAGCUGAGUAUUAU